GGCGGAACAUACAUCAUUUGAGGAAUGCAUUUCGACAUAUUUUAUUACAUUUGUUCAGCGGAGACAAUUCUGGAAACGUUGUUGGAUACAAAUAUGUUCAGGAACACCAAUCCGUAGACUCUUGAAAUAACAAGUCUCUAGUGUUUUUAGCUGUUUACAUAGCUAUUAGUAUCUAAUGAACACGAACAUUUUUGUGACUGCAGCGUGUAACUUUUAAUUUUCUUCCUGUAAGAUAAAUCCUUGUUUUUUCAGUCCAAAUUGGGGAAGAGGAAGAUAACAUGUCGGAAAAGAUGGAGGAAGAGGAACAAAGAAACGAUCCUGAUGGAGACAGUAAUAAGGAGGAAGAUGAAAAGCCACAGCCACGUUCCGGUGGGCGGCAGAGUAUGCGAAACUUGAAUAAAACUGUUAAGUACCAUGAAGAUGAUUAUGUAAGCUCAGAUGAAGAGCGACGCACAAAAGCGAGGUCUAGAAAACGUAAAACUAAGUCACCAGAUGAUGAUGAUUUUGAGGAAGCUGAAGGGACCAAAAAAAAGGCAAGGGGUAGAAAGGGAGGUGGAACCAGUAGAAGGCGAUCUGCAAAGGACAAAGAUAAAGAUGAUGAUGAUGAAGAUGAGGAUGAGGAUGUUGAGGAAGCUCCUGAGAAGGCAACAAAAGCAAAGAAGAGCAGGAUGAAUCGUGUUGAUAAUGACUAUGACUCAAUUGACUUUUCGAGCGAUAAGACUACGAGUGAUGGGAAACCAUGGAAUCUAAAGAUAUCUUCCUGGAAUGUUGGAGGCUUAAAGGCAUGGCUCAAGAAAAAUGGCUUGGAAUACAUAAAACGUGAAAAGCCAGACAUAAUAUGCUUGCAAGAAGUUAGAUGUUCAGAAGCCAACAUUCCACCAGAAGCAAAAGUAGAGGGAUAUCACACAUACUGGGUAUCAGGAGAGAAAGAAGGAUAUGCUGGAGUUGCUUUGUUAACAAAAGUGAAACCACUUGAUGUGAAGUACGGCAUUGGUAAAGACGAACAUGACUCAGAAGGUCGACUAAUCACAGCAGAGUAUGAGAAGUUUUUUGUUGUUGGUGCAUAUGUGCCCAAUGCUGGUCGUGGUCUUGUGACUUUGCCAAAACGUAUGAAAUGGGAUCCAGAUCUUCGUGCAUACUUGAAAGAGCUUGAUGCUAAGAAACCAGUUAUUUUAUGUGGUGACAUGAAUGUAUCUCACGAAGCAAUUGAUUUGGCCAAUCCCAAGACCAACACAAAGAACGCUGGCUUUACUCAAGAGGAGCGUGAUGGCAUGACUGCCCUUCUCAAGGAAGGAUUCAUUGAUUCAUUCAGACAGUUGUAUCCUGAUAAAACUGGAGCAUAUACUUUUUGGACAUACAUGGGAAAUGCUCGGUCUAGGAAUGUUGGCUGGAGAUUAGACUACUUCAUCCUGUCAGAGCAGCUCAAAUCAAAUGUUUGUGACAGUAUAAUACGCAGUGAGGUGUAUGGCAGUGAUCAUUGCCCCAUAACAUUGCUGCUUCACAUGGAGCAGUAGAACUCGUACAUAAGACUGAAGCAGGCAUGCCAUCCAAGCCACGUCAUCAGUUUCACAUUAUCAUAAAGGAUAGUUGUUUUACAUUUGUAAUGAGAAAAACUAUGCUACAAUGCAAAGGUGAUACGGUACAAUUGCCCUCAUGUUUUUCCCCCUUGUGUAAUGUGUAAUUUUAAGAUGGGUUUGAACCUGGCAAAUAAUAAUAAUUUGACAGUAGUAGUGCAGUGUUACACAUUGACAAAUGUGCUGAUAAUUGGGAGUCUCACCAAGUGGUUUAUCAGCCAAGCUAUUUUGUGUUAUUACUGAACCUGAGUAUAUGUGACUGACUAUUAAAAUCAUACAAUAAUAUUGCAAUAUGUAAUUGUACUGCCGUUACUCUAGUUGCACUGAUUUUGAGGCUACAGAUCUUGGCAUUUGUUUAAAGUGUUAUUAAUGCAAGCCAUAUAUUUUAUAUACUUGAUCCCAGAGAUGUUUGAUCAAACUAAAAUUUGGGCAUUAAUGUUUUCAAAUUGUGAUUGUUUCGAACUUUCCAGCAGAUGGUUGCAUUUUGUGCUGCCUGUUUAUACAGGUACAAGAAAGAACACCGCUGCCAGUUUUAGUCUCCAGCAAUUUAUGUAAUGUUUGAUGAUACUUUAAUUUAGAAUUUGUCAUAAGGCUUAGAAGAAUUACAAAUAAAAUUUUUAUAUAAAA